UCAUGAGAUCAAAUUCAUCAGCUUACACACCAUAAAAUCCAGAAAUCUUUCAUAAAGGACAUAUCCAUUUCUUUGAUUUAUUGUCAUCAUUUCAUGGUUUGGAAGAUUAACCAGACUAUCCAGUUUAAUAAUAAACAAUUUAGGAUAAGUUAAGACAUUAAUAUCUUCAUGAUAAUAAUUGGGAAGAUAGUAAUGCAAUUUUGUUAUGAUUAGAAUUAUGUUAUAGAACAUGCUUCAAAAUUUAAGAAAAAGAGUAUGUUUAAUUCUGUUUAGACAAGAAAUGUUAAGGCAUUCCUUAUUUGAAGGCAGCUCAAGUUUUGGGAUAUGUUAAAACUGGAAAUCCUACACCUAAAGCUCAUGGUCAUCAUCAUCAUUGAU